AUGGGCAGCAUCUGCUCCAAAUCCAGCAACGAACCGGACCCUUUCGCCCAACCCGGUCGCGUCCUCGGAUCAAAUCAAACCCCACAGAAAGGAACCUCCGCGGGCCCGCGCGCCCCGCUCCCCAAGUCACACUGGGGUACACCCGGACGGACACUCGGUGGCGGCGGAGAGACGUCCUCAGCAGCGACUGAGAGCCCAGAUACGGCAGAUGCGCGGGCAAAGGCAGCCAUUGCAGCGCAGAAACGCGCCGAGUCUGCUACGACGGGAAACAAAGGGAAGCUAGGGUCGAAGCUGGCCGCACAGAAGGCUCAGACGCAAAAUCAGACUUUGAACGAGGCGAGUCGCUCGGAGCGAGCGGCCAGGGAUGCCGAUGGGGCUGCGGCCGCUCAGCGGUGGGAGUAA